AUGCCGGCUCGAUCUAAUCAGGCACAACUCGUUUUAUUAAUAACUAAUUUCAUUGCAUAUACAACUCCACCAUCAUUCUUCAUGCGUUUUCAUCACACCGACAAAGGUGAAAUAAUAACUUUUAAAAGAUAUGCUCCUUUCAACGAGAUAAAUAACUGUAGAAGGAAAGGUAUUUCAAGUUUUACAGAAAUUGGAGACGAAAGAACGAACUAUCGGCGGAGAAAAAGUUGCACAAUCUUAUUCCACGGUAACUUCCAUCGAAAUAAGACAUACAAUUGGAGUGAGAAUGAACUGAAGUUGCUGAUGAAUAGACUAAUCAGGGAUGUCAUGCUGAAUUGCACGCAGGAAUUAUCUUACUAUAAAUUUUUGGCCGAAGUAAAUAUGCGCAAUUGA